GCUCGCCUUCCGGUCUCCCUGGACGACGCCAUGAGCUUGGCUUAUCCGCUCCUCCGCUUCCCGUGCCGCUGCUCCCUCGCGGCGGCGUCGCCGUCUCCGCUUCCCGUGUCGGUCACCAUAUCGGCUUUGGCCUCCGCGGAUGGAGGCGUUGGGGGUGGGGGCGAGCUGACGCCACGGGAGAGGCGGCAGCAGCGGAGGGAGCGGCGGGAGCUGCGGGCGACGGACUGGAAGGAGGAGGUGCAGGACCGGCUCAUCCACGAGCCGGCGCGGCGGAGGAAGAAGCCGCCGAAGCGUACGUGGCGUGAGGAGCUCAACCUCGACCUCCUUGCUGAGCUCGGACCGCAGUGGUGGCUCGUGCGCGUCUCCAUGGCGCCCGGCACCGACUACGUCGACCUCCUCACCAAGGCCAUCUACCGCCGGCACCCGGAAGUCUCAUUCAAGAUUUAUAAUCCAUCCAUCCAAGUCAAGAGGAGAUUGAAAAGUGGCUCAAUCAGUGUCAAAUCAAAGCCAUUGCAUCCUGGGUUGGUCUUUCUGCAUUGCACCUUAAACAAGGAGCUUCAUGACUUCAUCAGAGACACAGAGGGCUGUUAUGGCUUUAUUGGAGCUACAGUUGGUUCUAUCAAGAGGCAGAUUAAAAAGCCAAAACCUAUUCCAGUUGAAGAAGUUGAAUCAAUUAUUAGUGAAGAAAAGGAGGAACAAGAGAAAGCUGACAAAGAAUUUGAAGAAAUGGAGAACAUGGGAAAUGCCGAGUCUUUCAGUAAACCUGUUCAAGAUUCUGAACUUAUGUUGAUUAAUAAGAUAAAAAAACAGUUUAAGAAAUCACCCUCAAAAGGUAGCACCAGCAGCAGCGCUGUUACACCUGGUGCUAGUGUUCAUGUUCUCUCCGGGCCUUUCGCAAGCUUCAACGGAUCCCUUCUGGAAGUCAAUCACAAAAAUAAGAAGGCCACUGUUCGGUUGACACUUUUUGGGAAAGAGAGCUUUGUUGAUCUAGAUUUUGAUCAAAUUGAGGUGGUUGAAGCGGACGGCAAUGAUAGUAACUUAUGAGGCUUGUGUAUCGCAGUAUCAAUAGCUUUUAUCAAUACUUCAGCUGGGGCCUGAGUGAAUGAAGCAGGCACUUCAGUGGGUAGGCUGUUGAAGACCGAGUUACCAGCAAUACAAACAGUUAGCCUAUGAGCUGCUUUCAAAAUUAAGCGGAGUUACUGGAACGUAACUGUUUAUAAAUAUUGAGGAUAUUGAACUGGGGAUAUCACCGACUUCAACUAGUGACUUCAAAGUGUGCAUGUAGCAAUCUGGAGGGUGCUGGCUUGCUUCGGUUUCUGAACGAUGACAGACAGAGAUGACUUUGUAGAAAGAGAUCCAACUCAAUUGUGUUGCUUAGGCCAAAAGCUUCGAACAUGUUAGGAAAUUAGCUAUCAGUGGGAACAGAUUUAUCUAUCGAGAUAAUGCAUAUAAUCACAGACGACAUCAGAGAUACGAUGUUUGUUAAUAAGUUUCA